AUGCAUCUAAUAGCUCGAGGCUGCGCUCUACUUCUGUGGAUGCAUACACUGACCGUGGUGAAAAGUCAAGAGUGCACACGUGCCCAGUUUGUAAAUGGGCCACUGUAUGAUGAAAAUUUUGACACCACCAACCUGGAGGAGAAAUAUGAUGGUGGAACACAAGUGCGAGUGAACUGCAAUGUUGGCUUCACAGGAUUUUUCAGAAUAAUGUGUGUAAGCGGUAACUGGAUGCCUCGUGGGUCUAAAUGUCAACCAAGAUCAUGUGGUCAUCCUGGUGAGGCCCAGUUCGCUGAAUUUCACCUGGAGAAGGGAGACGAUUUUGUCUUUGGGUCAGAAGUUGUAUACACCUGUCAGAAGGGUUACCAAAUGGUCAGUAGGACAAACUACCGCCGGUGCAUGGCAGAAGGCUGGGAUGGUGUUGUCCCUGUCUGUGAGGCCCAGCAGUGCCCAGUGAUUAAUGUGGAAGAUGGCGUCCAGGUGAUCGGGGACCCUGAGGAGGCAACCUAUGGCAAUGUGCUCCGAUUUCGCUGCACGUCAAACUCUUUAGUCCUGAAUGGAUCAGCAGAGAUUCACUGUGAUGAAACAGGAGAGUGGAGUGGCCCAGCUCCAACUUGUGACGAGAUAAUAUGUGGACCACCAAGGAUUGAACAUGGCAGAGUGCGUGGAAAUGCCAAGGAGUACAAAGAAAACGAUGUCUUGCAUUUUGAAUGCGAUGUCAACUACAAACCUACUCAAGGAAUACUUCCAAAAUGUACAAAAGUAGGCCCCAGAGCAGAGUGGAGGCCCACACCUCUGUGUGAACAGGUAAAAUGUACAAUACUGCAAUCAAUCAGUGGAACCAGGUAUGAACCUGAAUCCAGAAAUGUGUUUUACCCUGGCGACAGACUAACAGUCAUAUGUGGAGAGGAUUACUGGUUUUUCUCCACAAAAGAAACCUCCACAGAGGUUACCUGCCAGCAGGACGGAACGUGGACUCACGACCCAGUAUGCUCAGAGAUAAAAUGUCCCAGACUAAAUAUUGAACAUGCUUCCACUCCUCGCAAGUGGAAUUACAAGAACAAAGAAAAAGUCCGGUAUGUCUGCAGGGGUGAUUAUGACGGAGACUUCACUAUCACCUGUACAGCACGCGGUUGGCUGGGGGUUCAGACCUGCAGAGAGAUAAAAUGUCCCAAACUUGAUGUUCAAAAUGCUGAAAUUGUUGGCUAUGCAAAGUCAGAGUACACAAACCGAGAACGAGUCCAGUAUACCUGUAAGGGUGAUUAUGAAGGAGACUUCACUCUCACCUGUAAAGCAAGUGGUUGGCAUGGGGCUAAGAGCUGCAGAGAAAAAACUUGCACCAUACCACAUGGCUACGAUCUGAUUCAAAAUUUCAAAGAACAGGAAUGGAGGAGGAAAACAUUGCGUGCAACAAAAAGAUAUACCUGUAGAGAAGGAUAUAAAAGCACGGGUGGCAAGGGUGUUGCCACCUGCACAGCUAAUGGAUGGACGCCAGACCCCCUGUGUGAAGAUAAAACCACCUGUUCAAAACCUCACGUUGAGCAUGGAUUUGUAGUUGGGCCAUUUGCAGUUGGGACGUUCUACUAUACCUGUAAUGAAGGGUACAAGCCUUUCACCAAAGGCUGGUGGAGGGAAAUCAAAUGUCACGAGGGCGUGUGGUCUGAAAAUCCACAAUGCAUUGAUACUCAAAACUGUGGACAAAUCCCUGAGAUUGCUCAUGCAGUGAUCGAAAAACCUGCAACAGAUGACUAUAGAGACCAAGAUUACGUCAUAAUUAAUUGUGAGAAGGGAUACAAUUCUAAGUAUGGAUAUAUAACUUGUACGAGAGGACAGUGGGAGUUAAAUGACCAAAAAACACCCGAAACCUUCUGCUCACCUCGUGAAAAGUCCUGCAGUCCUCCACCUAAAGUUGAGAAUGCAAUCAUUGUGAAGUCCAACGAGAACGAAUACUUGUCUGACACACAAGUAACUUACCAGUGCCGUGAUAAAUACGCAAUCAAAGGAGCAGAUAGCAUUACGUGCAAAAAUGGAGAAUGGGAAAUGAAUAACAUCAAGUGCAUACAGCGCUGUGAGACUCCUAAAGCUGACCAGCAGACACUGAUUAUCGUGGCAGAGAAAGACAAAUACGUCAAUGGGGAUGUCAUAACAUAUGAAUGCAUCAUACAAGGGGGAAAGUUUGAUGGUAAUGCUACAUGUGUCAAUGGCAUGUGGACUGAACCAAUUGAGUGUAAAGGUAAGGACUGGGACACAGAAGUAAGCAGGGACAAGCCGGUGGAGCAGGACCAGGGACGGCAGGUCAAAGAGCCGGAGCCAAACCAGAAGUCUACAGACCAGAGCGACGUCCAGGCAACAGACACAGACACAACCAGCCAAACAGACCAAGGAGCAGUAUGAGAGCGGUUUAACCUGUGUUGUAUAAGGCUGACAGGUAAUGACGUGCAAAGCUCUCACCCUGAUACUGAUGUUAUUCCAAUCCUGCAGAAGUCUCAAUAAAAAACAUUUAAGGC